AUGGGGGAAUUGAAUAAAACAAAGAUUUUGAACUAUUUUGAAAAGUUAAUUAAAUUGGAAAAUAUUUAUGAAAAUAAAGAAAUCGAACUAUGUUAUGAACAUUUAAAUAAAGAAGAAUUAGUUGAAAAAGGAAUUUUAUUAAAUAAUUUAACAAUUAAAAAUGUUAUGAAACAUUAUGGAGGGAAUAAUAAUUCUUAUAUUUUAAAAUUAGUAAAAAAAAAAAAAAAUAUAGACACUAAUGAUUUAAGCGAUGAUGACAAUUUAGAAAAUUUUAAUCAUAAUUUAUUUAGUAAAGGAAGUGUAAUACAUUUUUCAAAAAAAAGAAAAAAAUAUAAAAUUAAUAACGAUCAAAAUUGUAAAAAUGGUAAAAAUGUGAAUAAUAGUGUAACAAUGGGUGAUAAUAUAGGCAUAUAUACAUGUACAGUUAAUAAAAUAAAAAAAAAUAAAAUAAAUAUUUUAAUAAAAAAUAUAGAUAUGUUAUGUAAAGAACUUAAUGUUUCAAAUCCUUAUAUGUUAUCUGAAAAAUCUUAUUUUGAUAUUUGUUUAAUUAAUAGUGAAAUAUCAACAAAUAGACAAAUUCAAGCUAUUCAAUUAAUCAAAAAAUCGUUAGAAAAUCCAAAUGAAAUAUUAAAAAUUCUAUUUUUAGAUCAAAUUCCAACUCAAAACCCUUUUCUAAAAAAAAUAUUGUCUCUUUUUUCUGAGUACAACCAAGAGGAUGAAACUAAUCAGCCAAAUUCCACUCCAUUGCUUAGUCGCGUGUCAGAUAAAAGCACUUCAGAUAAAAACACUUUAGAUAAAAGUUUGGCAGAUAAAAGUUUGGCAGAUAAAAGUUUGGCAGACUACAUUUACAAGUGUAAUAAAACAAGUUGGGGAAAUCCCAAUUUAAAUUUAAGUCAAAAAAAGGCAGUAUACCAUUGUUUAUAUUCUGAUAAUAUUUUUUGUAUACAUGGGCCACCAGGAACUGGAAAAACAACCGUUUUAUGUGAAAUUAUAUUUCAAUUAUUAAAAAAUAAAAAUUGUAAAAUAUUAAUAACUGGGCCUAGUAAUGUGUCAGUAGAUAAUAUACUAGAAAAAUGUGUACAGAUGAAAAUAAAAAAUGUUUUUCGUAUAGGGUUAAAAAGUAAAAUUAAAAAAACAUUAUGGAACUAUAGUUAUGAUGAAAAAAUAAAAGAAUGUGAUAGUUAUAAAAUGUGUGAAGAUAUAGAUAAUGAUAUUGAAAAGUUAAAAUCCGAAAUUUUAAAAUUAAAAAAAAAAAAAAAAAGUGAAAAAGGAAAUUUUGAUAAAAGAAGUAUAAUCAACUUAAAAUAUGAAAUAAAAAUAUUAAAUAAAAGUAAAAAAAAAAAAAAAAAUAUAUUUUUUAAAGAAUUAAUAGAAAAAAAUAAUGUUGUAUUUUCAACAUGUUCUAGUAGUUCAAAUUAUGAAUUAAAUAAGUUUGUCAAAAUGUCAAAUUUUUUAUUUGAUGUUGUUUGUAUAGAUGAAUGUUGUCAAUGUACUGAACCCUUAUGUUAUAUACCAAUUUCUUUGGCAAAAAAAAAUGUAUUUUUAUUUGGCGAUCACAAACAAUUAUCUCCAUUAAUUAAAUAUAAUAAAAAUCAUAAUAAAUUAAAUAUUACAAUGUUCGAACGUUUGGUAAAUAAAUAUAAAGAAAAUAUAUCAUUUUUGUUAAAUAUACAAUAUAGAAUGAAUCAUAACAUUUUAAUUUGGUCAAAUAACAUUUUUUAUGAAAAUAAAUUAAAUUCACACGAGUCAUGCAAAAAUAUCAAAGUUGAUGGUAUCAUAGGAAAUAAAAAUAAGCAAUUGAAAAAUGGUGAAUAUGAACAAGGGGCGAAAAACAAAAAAAAUCAAAAAAGUAAAAAAAAUCAAAAAAAUGGAAAAAACGGAAAAAAUUCCAACUCUAUUGAUAAUUCAUGUGAAGAACAAAAUGAAAUAAAUUCAGAAGUUGAAAUAAAAAAGUAUGAGUACUAUCCUAUUACUUGGAUAGAGACAGAUGGUUUUGAUGAAUUUUUAGACGACACCAAAAAUGAGGACAUGAUCAAUUUUGAAAUAAAGGAAAAGAAAGGUUGCCAGACAAAAACUAGCGAAAAAAAAAAUGGUAAAACUAUUGUGAAGGGUGACAAAACUGAUGUGAAGAGCGAGGACAACAAACAAGGGAUAGGAAGCAGGAAUGAAUCAGAAAAAAGAGAAGACAAUUUAGAGGCAAUAGAUGCAGUAAAAAUAAAAAGACAGAUUGAAAAUAGUGAUAAAUAUAAUGUUAUUGAUAAAGAUAGCGAAGAAGAUAAACUAUGCAAAUUAAAUGAUGAAGAAUUAAAUAAUAUUGUAAAAAUAAAUGUUGAUGAGAUUAUAAAUUUAAAUAAUAAAUCUAGAGGUAAUAUUGGAGAAGCUUAUUUUAUUUAUAAAUUAAUAGAAUUUAUGAUUCAAAUAGAUAAUAUAUGUGGAAAUGAUAUAUGUAUUAUAACACCUUAUUCUAAACAAAUGAAUAUUUUAAAAAAUAUAUUUUAUGAUAAUUUUUUUAAUAAUAAAAAUUAUAUUAAUGAAUAUAAAAAAAUAGAAAUAUCUACAGUUGAUUCAUUUCAAGGAAGAGAAAAAGAAAUUGUUAUUUUUUCAUUAGUUUGUUCAAAUUAUUUUAAAAAUAUAGGAUUUCUAAAAGACUAUAGAAGAUUGAAUGUAGCUAUUACUAGAGCUAAAAGACAUGUAGUUAUUGUUGGAAAUUCAAACACUAUUUCCAAUGAUGAUGUUUUAAAUGAAUUAUAUGAAACUGUUUUAAAUUAUGGAAAAGUAUAUCUUGUCAAUGAACUUAUAGAUGUAGAAUCAAUGAUCGAUUUAUGUACAUUCUAA